AUGGCCUUGCCCCCGUGGUCGCUGUACAGCGGCACACUGGAUCCUCUGCCCGGCAUCGUGCGACGCGGUCUGCUGGCGAUAGCCUUUUUCGGGACUCUCUCGCUCGUUGCCACCUUCAGCCUGUUCAGCUUUUUGACCUAUCGACUGUGUUCCUGGUACUUCCGAGGGCAGCUUCGACAGGGUGCUAAUCAAUUCCUCGUCCUGAUAUACAACCUGCUUCUGGCCGACAUACAGCAAGCUGUGGCCUUUGCCCUCAGUGCUCGUUUUCUUGCCACGAACAAGAUUGAGGAUGGAACAACGACGUGCUGGGUGAAUGGCUGGUUCAUUUCCACCGGAGAUCUGGCAUCUGGGGUGUUCAUUCUCGCAAUCGCCAUCCAUACCUUUUUCUCCGUGGUCAGAGGCAGACGCGUCCCAAACAGGGUAUUCAUUUCAGCCAUUGCAGGCGCGUGGACAUUUGUCUAUGCAAUGGCAAUCAUUGGUGUCGCGAUAGACCCCAAUCUGUACGUGAGGGCUGGCGCUUGGUGCUGGAUCAACCACAAACACGAGAAUCUCCGACUGUGGCUGCACUAUUUCUGGAUUUUCGUUUGCAUGUUUGGUACGAUUGUCGUGUAUGGGCUGAUAUACCUUGCGAUCACUUCUCAUGCACGGCGGCACCCACAUGAGAUUGCCGGCGUCGAGAAUGGAAGCAACCCGGCCGUCCUCAGACGAGCCACACGAUACAUGAUCCUUUAUCCCGUGGUGUAUGUGAUUUGCACACUGCCACUGGCCGGGGGACGCAUGGCAUCCAUGACGGGCAUUCCAGUGCCAUACUGGUGGUACUGUGUCGCCGGGGCGGCCAUCUCCUGCUGCGGCUGGCUUGACGUGCUCAUGUAUGCAUGUACCAGACAUGCGUUGAUAUUCAGCCCCGAUCCCCCGGCGGCUGAUGCUCUCGGCUUGGAUACUUAUGGUUGGAGGCACUCCGGAGAAGGGUUCUGGGGCACGACCACCACCAUUACAGGGCCGGAAGACGAGGUCGGGCAGGCUCCAAAACACGACAAGAGAGACUUGUUCAGUCGGUCCAGACCUCAGUCAUUUCGUGGCCGAGAUUCAGAGGAACAGCAGCUGGCAAGUCAGCCGCAGCACGAAGGGGUCAUCACCGCCAGAACCGACUUCGAGGUUCGCUCGGGCUCGAUCCCUCAGUAUGUGAAGGAUGUUGCCCGUAUCUCUCGCGAUACUCGGUCAGAAAUGAGCGGUUAUGAUUCGGAUGGAAGGGGUAGGAAUGAUUUAGUCUUGUUGAAUGAAGGAGGAUUGGAGUUGUGA